AUGGGGAGCUCACACAGUGCACCUGGCCAUGCGCAAACGACGCAGUCGAUGACAUUAGACAAAGCUGAUGUGCGCUCUCAAUGUAUUCUCACGGAUGGGAAGCUCUCUGUCGUUUCCAAGGGCGUAAAAGUUUCUUUAUCCAACGACCUUGGCAGGCGUGUGCUGUACACCAAGCUCACUGAGGACCACAAUAUUGUGCCGUGGGCAGCUCUUGGCGACAAGAAGGUCCCAGUAGAAGCCGAAGUACGAGAAUGUUGGCGCUUCGUCGACACAGAUACAGUUCUGGCGUUGGCUAUGCGACGCUCGACAGAUUCGACCGACUCGACCGUGAUGGCGCUGAUACGUCGGGAUCGUGGCUACAUCGAUGGCUGUAAAAUAUGGCUGGUCGAGUUUGAUCUCGAUGGGAACAAGAAACAUGAAACUGACCCCAUUGACGAGAAAUUUGCGUAUUGGCGAUCUGCCUCGAGCGAGUUCCACCACGCACAUCUCACGGCGAACGCCGCAGGCGAGGCGAUAGCGCUUUUGGCCACUCAGUGGUCUCGCAUGGCAUUCCAUCUUGUCCGAAUGAAUUGGAUCAAGGUCGACGUAGACUUUGACCGAAACUAUCGGUGCAAUUAUGUUUGCAUGCCAAAUUUGCUGGAACACGACUUCAUGCUUCUGUGUGAAUCCUGCAGUCGGCUGGGUGUUGGCUCUAAAUCGUAUGAGCUUGUUCGAUUCGGCCCGCUGAUUGGUUCCAGUCCAAUAACCACUUCUCUAGCAAAGCGGAUGGCGAUCGGUGACGACAGUGAUGACGCAAUGUGCUGCGACGAAAGGGGGAAUUUCGUCGCAGUGGCGGAAGGCAAAGGAAGGGUGGUUGUGCGUGAGUGGCACGAACUCUGCCCGCUGUUUAUCGUGGGGCCUCCGCAAGACCUGCACGUCAAAGCCAUUGGCCUCUUGCAGAACACCGCGACGUUGUUGAUCCGGUAUGGCGCAAGUUCACUCACAGCGCCCACGGAAGACAAAGUCUACAGAGGAGUGUUCCCGAGCCUCGCGUUCUCGUUGGGGCACGUGCGCACGUUGUGGGGCCGUGCGCUAUCCAACUCCAACGCGCCCCAAGAUCAAGACCUUCUGCGCAACAUCGUGCGGCUGCAUGAAGACAUUGAAGGCAUGUAUGCACUGAAGAGCAAAAUAGCGUGCUGGCUGAACAGCGUUCUGCUCAAUCGGGUCCAUGCGUCUCGCGGCGACGCCAAACACGGCGACCGUGAGUCAAUUACCUUCGAGCAUUUGAACAUUGCAUUGGAGGGGAAUCCAGGAUGUGGUAAGUCGACAGUGGCCCGACUGCUUGGUCAAUUGCUAUCUAACUCUGGCAUAAUUUGUCCACAUGCCAAGUUUAUUGAGGCAACCAAGGCUGACAUGGUGGGCAGGGCUUUGGGAGAAACCCCUCAGAUCAUGACGGCGUUUUUGGAACGCUGCAAGGGGAACGUGAUCUUCUUCGACGAGGCUGACCAGUUCUAUUGA